AUGCCGCGCGGCGGCGGCGGGUCGCGGUCGCGCGCGUCGCCGACGCAGCACGCCGAGAAGCUCGCGGAGAAGGAGGGCGGCACGUCCCUCAUGAACAUCAACUUGAUGGACGUCGUCGAGCUCGCGUCGACGGGGUCGCUGGACUCGACGUCCCUGCUCAGCCACGGGAGCGCGGAGAAGCCCGCCGUGGACUUCAUGGACAAGUACCGCCUGCCCGGGCGCCGCGGCGGGCCCGCGCCGCGGCUCGCCGCUCGUACCGCCGCGGACCUCGCGGCGCUCUUCUUCGAGGCCCGCGGCCGGGCGCUGCAGAAGAGCGAGGACCGGCGCUUGGAGCGCGCGCGGCGGCGGGCGGAGCUCGCGGCGCUCCAGCAGGCGGCGCUGAGCGUGCCCGAGGUCGAGGACGACGACGCGGGCGACGCGGCGUCGUCGAGCUCGCUCGAGGAGGUCGCCGAGGACCCGCGGUCCAGCGCCCGGCCGGCCGGCGGCAAGAAGUCGACGCUGCGCGGGUCCAAGGCGCGCCGGUCGCGGCGGCCGAGCGCGCACCCCGGCGGGGCCGACGCCGCGCGGCCGUCGGCGUCGGCCGCGGACGUCGAGGCCGACGCGAAGAAGGCCCACGAGAAGUCGCGGAAGAAGGACCGCCAGAAGAAGCAGAAGACCUGGGGCAAGGCCGCGGCGACGCUGGCGGAGAAGGUCGGCGUCGCGAACAUCGCGGACCACAUGGAGGAGACGGAGGACGGCGAGUUCGUGCUCACGGACGGCAUGCGGGCCCGCGUCGCGGGCCUCUUCGACGAGAUGGGCGGCCACGCCGAGGAGAUCGGCCUCGCCGAGUUCCGCAUGGCCCUCAUCGGCCUGGGCCUCGUGCUCUCCGAGGCCGAGAGCCUCGACAUGUUCCAGGCGGCCGACACGGACGAGGGCGGCACGCUCGACGUCGAGGAGUUCACGGACGUCGUCGCCGGCGUGCUCACGCCCUUCAUGGAGAUGAAGCGCAUGGAGCGGUCGCGGAGCCGGCCCCACAGCGCGGGCUCGAAGCGGAGCAACCGGUCGCGGGGGUCCGCGGGCUCGCAGGGCAAGGGCCUCGACGGCACGGAGCCGCCGCCCCCGGCCGAGGACGACGGCGGCAUCCUGCGGGAGGUGCUGGACCGCGACGCCAAGGUCGACGCCUUCCGCCUGAACGCGGCGCGCGCGUUCCGCGCGGAGACCGCGCGCGCGGCGGACCUGCUGGGCCGCCUCCGGAGCCGGAAGCGGCAGGAAACGCCGGGCGACAUGGCCCACCUCGCGCCGGCGCCGGCGGCGACGAACCUCCCGGAGCUCGCGCGGUCCGCGUCCGCCGCGCACGCGCGGCGCGCGCCGCCCGCCGCGGACGCGCCGUCGCGCGCGACGGCGCCCCAGCGGCUCGUCGCGGACGCGGCGGCGGCGCUGCCGAGCGCGCGCGCGCCGGCGCCCGCGCCGCGGCCCCAGUACCCCGGCGCGCCCCAGCCCGUGAAGCGCGAGCCGCGGCGGCCGCCGUGGUACGACUACGAGAAGCUGCGCCGCGUGCUCCGGCCCAACUCGAGCAGCCCCGCGUGCCCGACGACGAGCGAGACCUGGGCCGAGGCGGACCUCGAGAGGGACCAGCUCCUCAUCCAGCGCGAGCUCGUCGCGCGCCUCGCGCCGGCGACGCCGCGCGGCUGGGACCGCGCGUCGAAGCCGCGCCGCGACCCGGACGAGCGGCCCGCGACGACGAUGAGCGGCUACACCCAGCCCGCGCGGCCGCGGAAGGACGAGAGCCCCUGGGCGGCGCCCUUCGCGGGCAUGCACACGCUCCAGAACGUCCACGCGCGCCUCUCGGGCGAGAACGCGCACGGCCACCACACGAUAUCGCACGCCGCGCGGCUCCAGGCCGCCGCGGGCAUCGUCGGCGAGCGCUUCCCGUCGACGACGGCGUCGUCGCCCCGCCGCGAGCUCCAGGCCGCCGAGGUCACGGACUGCUUCCGGCGCCUGCUCGCGAGCCCGGGCCGCGCGACGACGGCGGCGGGCGCGCGGCGCGUGUCGCCGCGGUCCGUCGAGAACCACCUCGCGGGCACCUACGCGCCGGACCUCCGGGGCAUGAACGCGCGCGAGCUGCGCCUCAUGCGCAAGUGCGUCGCCUUCGAGGAGGACGUCGGCGUCGAGGCCGCGCUCCGCGCGACGGGCCUGCCCGUCGAGUACCGCGGCCGGCUCACGGGCCUGGCCCUCGCGCCCGUGCUCCGCGCGGCGCUGCGGGCCAAGGCCGCGGCGCGGCGCGCCGAGGCGGCGGACGCCGACGACUACGCGCAGUUCGCGGGGCCCCGGCCGUCGCCCGAGGACGCGGACGCGGCCGCGGCGCGCGACGACGCGGAGGAGGCCGACGAGGCCGACGACGAGACCGUGGAGCUCGUCGUGAAGCGCAUGACGCGGCACCACGAGAAGGCCCAGGGCAAGGGCCAGCCCCUCCGGGCCGAGCACUUCUACGAGCUCGUGCGCCGCGCGCGCGACGUCUUCGCGGUGCAGCCCAUCAAGGCGCGCCUCGAGCGGGGCCUCUGCGUGCCCCUGGACAAGCCGAGCCCGCUCUGCUGGGCGAACUUCAACGCGCCGGGCGCGAGGCUCGUCGAGAACCCCAUCCCGCCCGAGCUCUGGCGCUCGGCGCAGUCCGCGCCGACAGGCAAGCGGAAGAAGAAGCCCAAGGCCGCGGCCAAGGAGGGGGCGGGCGAGGCCGCCGUCGCCAAGGGCCGGGGCCGCGCGUCGACGGGCGACGCCAACGCCGACACGGCGCUCCGCAUCCGCAACGAGGACAUCCAGUACAACCAGGACAGCUUCGAGGCCAUCGCCCUGCGCAUGGAGAGCGAGCAGACCGACGAGGGCGGCGCCGAGGCGCCGACGGUGUACUAA